GAAACCCUAGCCGUUUCACUCAAACUGUGUAACAGGUGAUUUCUUUGCUGUGUAACAGGCGAUUUCUUCGACCAUCUCUUACUCAGGGAUUUAACAAAAUGGGUAAGCAUAGGAAGAGAGAAACUGAUUCGGAAGAUGUAACUCCAUCUUCAGCAUCGUCCUCUUCGUCUUAUUCUUCGUACAGCUCCGAUGAGUCCGGUUCGUCUUCUAGAAAGCGGAGGAAGAAGCGAAGGGAGCGGCAGAAAAGUGACGGUGGUUAUGAGAGAGAGAACCGGAGGAAUUGAAGAGGGAGAAGGAGAAGAAGAGGAACAAGAUGGAGAGGAUUACCUUAGCUCUUCUGAUUUUGCCAGAGCCAAGUUCUAUGUUCGAGCUGCAGAAUCCCAACUUGGGAAAGCCACGGCGUAUGAGAAAGAAGUUUUCAAGGCUGUUAACUACUUGAUCUCUGAGAAUAUGGACGAAGAUGUGGCUUUGGAGUUACAUUCUAAGAAUUUCCCAAAGAUUUGGGAGCAGCUGUGUCAUGUUCUUCAAACUGAAUGUCGUUUCAAGGAAGCAGUAGAGUUCAUGGAAGAAUGCUCAGCCUCGUGGGAUUCUUGCUCUUCCUUAAGGUAUUCGCAUAAUUGGUGGCAUGUCUUAAGCUCUGAGAGUUCCUCUGCUUCUAGUCUCCUUUAACUAUGUGACAACUUUUCCUGUUCUUUACUAGUACCACUUUUAGCAGAUGUGGAAUGGUGUUUGCUUUUUAUUUUUGUAAAAGGAAUCUUGUAAAUUAUUUUUUGAUCGCCAGAAAUGUGACAGGUUGGUGUGGCUUACUUGCUAGCUUUAGAGAAUGCAAACGAAUUGACUGUAUCCCCAACAGAAAAUAUCGAAUAUGACAGACUCAUUGAGAAUGGGUAUCUGGGUCUGCGGAAUGGAAUUUUGGAUCAAUCAGCUAUUUUGCUUUCGAGUUUUGGGUGUCUAACAUACAUGAACUGCAAGAACUGCCAUCUCAGAAGAAUGGUUUGAAAUAUGCAGUCUAUGGACCACAAGCUCGUACGGGCUCCUGAAUUUAAGAAACCGUUCAGGAUAUUAUUAGCAGUCUCAGGCUUGAGGCAGGCAUUGACCACGAACCCAGGAUAUAAUCUGCGAGUUGCUGAGUAUCAAGAGGCCGCUAAAGUCCUUUUGACGUAUGUGCAAAUCUACUGAAUUCACACUAAUCUGCACAAUCUUUUGUUCUGUUAACUCGCUUAUCUGCAUAAACGCCUUCUUUAUAUUUUAAAUUUUUGUGGAAAUGCUCUAAAGUGUAUUACUUGCUCUAUUGCUUGUGAUACUCAUAAUUGGUGGCAUGUCUUAAGCUCUGAGAGUUCCUCUGCUUCUAGUCUCCUUUAACUAUGUGACUAUGUUGUUUAAGAAUCGUUUGUCCUGUACUCCUGUCUCUUUGGAAUAAAGUUUCGUUUG